CGGUUGACUUAACUUGAAAGAAAAUGUUUAUUAUUUAUAAGUGAGAAGUUAUUUGCAAGUGAAAAAUAAUUUUUAAUUUAUGAUAUCAAUCUGAGGGAAUUAUUAGAAAUCAAUUGAUCAUGAGUAGUUGAUGUACAGAUUGUCCCAGUCCAGUUCUGGAAAUUUUACAUGAGUCUGAUUAUCCCAGUCCGGUGUUCUGGGGAUUUUACAGGGGUUUGUGUCUGUUUACUGGUUUGCGGGUUUGCGAUUCGGUUCGGUUCGUAUUUUUUAAAAGACAAAUCAUUGUAAUGUAUGUACAUUUUAGUGAAGUAUGUAGAACUAUUAGUGGCAAAUGAACAAUAAGUAGAAAGACCAAUGAACAUCUAUUUUGUCGGAACAGCCAAACCUCACAUUUUCAGACACUAAUUACUGGUUGCUCCUUGUCUAUCUCACUUCCUUACAUUGUCACUAGAUUUCUUUAUAAACAUUUUUAUGCAUUCACUCCAAUUUUCACAUACCAGAACCUCAUGGGGUACCAGAAAUUCUGUUCUUGACAAUUAUUUCCCCAAAAACAAAUUCGAAACAAAUAAAUAGAUAUGGGAAGUAUGAAUAAGAUCACUGUGAUUGGCUUGUCUGCUGUUGUGCUGGUUGCAGUGGUGGUGGCUGUGGCAAUAAGCGGAGGUAAGGACGACAAGAAAGAAGGCGGUGGCGUUGCGACAGCCAGCAAGUCUGUCAAGACAAUGUGCCAGCCUUGUGACUACAAGGACGCUUGUGCUGAAAGUCUUUCACAUGCCAAUUCGACAGACCCUAGAGACCUCAUCAAAACUGGAUUCCAGGUGGCUAUGGACAAUAUGAAGCAAGUGAUUAGCAACUCUUCCACGCUCCAAGAAGCUGAAAAAGAUCCGCGUACUUCACAAGCUUAUGGCAUUUGUAAAGAUGUCAUAAACACGGCUAUUGAUGAUUUUCAUAGGUCUUUUGAUAAAGUUGGUGACUUUCAUGUGGACAAGAUGGAUGAUUAUCUCGCGGACUUGAGAACAUGGCUCAGUGGAGUGGUCACGAAUCAGGAUACGUGCAUAGAUGCGUUCCAGAACACGACAGGCGAUGCAGGGGAAAAGAUGAAGAACCUUUUGAAAUUAGCUUCUGAGCUUUCUAGCAAUGCACUUGCAAUGGUUGGUCAAUUAGGCAAUUUCCUUUCUAACUUGGACAUUCCUGAUUUUGGUCAUGAUAAGAAAGAGAGGAGACUGCUUUCGUCUGAGUAUCCGGAGUGGGUGGAUCAUCCUCACAGGAGACUUCUUCAAUCUGAUCCUGAACCUAAAGCGGUGGUAGCUCAGGAUGGCUCGGGCCAGUUCAAGACUGUUGGCGAUGCCCUCAAAACAGUGCCUCAAAAAAACACAGAACCCUUUGUCAUUAAAAUCAAGGAAGGUAUUUACAAAGAGUAUGUUGAUGUCCCAAGGCAUGUAGACAAUGUCAUCUUCAUUGGUGAUGGUGCCACCAAAACCAAGAUCACCGGAAACAAGAACUUCAUUGAUGGCGUCAAUACCUACAAAACUGCAACCGUUGCUAUAAAUGGUGAUGGAUUCAUGGCCAAGGACAUCGGAUUUGAGAACUCAGCAGGAGCGGAGAAGCACCAAGCGGUUGCACUUCGUGUAUCAGCCGACAGAACAGUCUUCUACAGAUGUCAAUUCGAUGGUUACCAAGACACCCUCUACGCCCACACCUACCGUCAAUUCUACCGUGAAUGCACCAUCACAGGCACAAUUGACUUCAUCUUUGGCGACGCAGCCACAGUGUUCCAAAGCUGCACAAUGAAGGUGAGAAAGCCAAUGGACAAUCAGGGCUGCAUGGUAACAGCCCAAGGCCGAAAAGAGAAGCGUGGCACUGGAGGCCUAAUUCUACAAAACUGCACCAUUUCAGCAGAGGAUGAUGUUCUGGCUAUGAACCCUGCACCCAAGCAGUACCUAGGAAGGCCCUGGAAAGAAUUUUCGCGAACAAUUAUUAUGCAAUCAUUCAUCGACAAGAACAUUGAUCCUGAAGGAUGGUCACCUUGGACUGGGAAUUUCGGACAGGACACUUGUUUCUAUGCAGAGUAUAAGAACAGAGGACCAGGAUCAGAUACAUCUAAAAGGGUCAAGUGGAAGGGUAUUCAAACUAUAAAAGAAGAAGAUGCUGAAACAUUUACAGCAAGUAAAUUUAUUCAAGGUGACACAUGGGUAAAAACUAGUGAUGUUCCUUAUGAUGCUGCAAUGAUGCAGGUGUAGAUUUAUGUGCAUGAAUAUAUAGUUUUGUAGUUUUUAAUAAAGGGUAUUAUAUAGGAUGAUAAUCAUAUUAAUAUAUCAUGGUAGGAAAGUAUACCGACUUUUGUUGAUAGUGAAUUGUUGAGCA